GGAGGACGCGAUGUCGUGACCGCGUCUCCCCCAUCUGCUCUGCUUUUGGCGACGGCGUCCCGUCGGCCUUUCGGCCAGGAUGCAGCAGCCGCGUCUCUGGGCCUCGACCCCCAGGGCCGGCCGGACCCGGGACCUCCGAGGAGAGCAGCGAGAACCGGGCCGGAUUCCCUGAGGCGCCCGAGUGCGGUGCGGGCAGCCCUCCCCGCCGCCUGCCAGGCCGCCGCCUGGGGACCUCAGGACGAGGCUGUGGCUGUCCCCACGUCCCGUCCCCCGCGCCUCUUCCCGCAUCUGGUCCCACGGUGGAGGCGCGGGACAAGGGUCUCACGCGCGUGUCCACGGUCGGGGGGCGUCCUUGGACGCGCGGGUCCUCUCCCACGGGUCUCCACCCCCUGCCCUCCGGCGACAGGAGCCGGCCUGGGACGCGCGCGCUGCGGCCAAGUCCUGGUUUUGAUUUCACUCCCAGCCCCGAGAAGCGAGGAGGUUCCAAGCCCACAAACAGGAAGAAGAGAAGGCCCUGGAGUGCGGGCAGAGGGAGUGUCAUUCCCAGCAGCGCAGCGCGGGCCGGCCCGGGCCGGGGAGGGAGCAGCAGCGCGGGCACCCUCCUGCAACGCGGGCUGGGGGUCCCCAGGGCUGGGGAGGGGGCCCCGAGGAGGAGCAGAGAGAGGGCGCGCCCCGGGAAGGCUCGGGGCGGCUCCGGGGGGCUCCCAGGGCGCCCCCGCCCCUUCCCCCGCAGCCCCGGGGCGCCCCCGCGGUGCCGGAGCCGGGGCGGGGCGUGCACGUCAGCCGGGGCUAGAAAAGGCGGCGGGGCUGGGCCCAGCGAGGUGACAGCCGCGCUUGGACGCAGAGCCCGGCCCGACGCUGCCAUGAGCGCCGCGCUCUUCAGCCUGGACGGCCCGGCGCGCGGCGCGCCCUGGCCUGCGGAGCCUGCGCCCUUUUACGAACCAGGCCGAUCGGGCAAGCCGGGCCGCGGAGCCGAGCCGGGAGCCCUAGGCGAGCCAGGCGCCGCCGCCCCCGCCAUGUACGACGACGAGAGCGCCAUCGACUUCAGCGCCUACAUCGACUCCAUGGCCGCCGUGCCCACCCUGGAGCUGUGCCACGACGAGCUUUUCGCGGACCUCUUCAACAGCAAUCACAAGGCGGGUGGCGCGGGUCCCCUGGAGCUUCUUCCCGGCGGCCCCGCGCGCCCCUUGGGCCCGGGCCCUGCUGCUCCGCGCCCGCUCAAGCGCGAGCCCGACUGGGGCGACGGCGACGCGCACGGUUCGCUGUUGCCCGCGCAGGUGGCCGCGUGCGCACAGACCGUGGUGAGCCUGGCGGCCGCAGGGCAGCCCACCCCGCCCACGUCGCCGGAGCCGCCGCGCAGCAGCCCCGGGCCGACCCCCGCGUCCGGCCCCGCCAGGGAGAAGAGUGCCAGCAAGAGGGGCCCGGACCGCGGCAGCCCCGAGUACCGGCAGCGGCGCGAGCGCAACAACAUCGCCGUGCGCAAGAGCCGCGACAAGGCCAAGCGGCGCAACCAGGAGAUGCAGCAGAAGCUGGUGGAGCUGUCGGCCGAGAACGAGAAGUUGCACCAACGCGUGGAGCAGCUCACGCGGGACCUGGCCGGCCUCCGGCAGUUCUUCAAGCAGCUGCCCAGCCCGCCCUUCCUGCCGGCCGCCGGGACAGCAGACCGCCGGUAACGCGCGGCCGGGGCGGGAGAGACUCACCAACGACCCAUACCUCAGACCCGACGGCCCAGAGCGGAGCGCGCCCUGCCCCGGCGCAGCCAGAGCCGCCGGGUGCCCGCUGCAGUUUCUUGGGACAUAGGAGCGCAAAGAAGCUACAGCCUGGACGUACCACCACUGAACUGCGAGAGAAGCUAAACGUGUUUAUUUUCCCUUAAAUUAUUUUUGUAAUGGUAGCUUUUUCUACAUCUUACUCCUGUUGAUGCAGCUAAGGUACAUUUGUAAAAAGAAAAAAAAAACAAGACUUUUCAGACCCUUUGUAUUGUAGAUAAGAGGAAAAGACUGAGCAUGCUCACUUUUUUAUAUUAAUUUUUACAGUAUUCGUAAGAAUAAAGCAGCAUUUGAAAUCGCA